CUGCGCUUCGCUCCAGACGCAUCUUCAAGUCAGAGCUCCGGAGAGAAACCAGCUGCGCCCCGCACCGUCCGCCGGUUUGGCUCUCCAAGAAACCGCGUUUAGAACCACUGAGCAGGGGAACAAUGAAGAUGCUGCUUCCUCUGGUAAUCCUUCAGCUGCUCCUGGCUCCUGCAUUCACGGUGCCCGGUGGAGAUUACUGGGAGUCGUGGGGUCCUUAUGGAGACUGCAGUCGCAGCUGUGGCAGCGGAGUGACAGUGAGAACCAGACGCUGCAUCACUCACAGGACGGAUGGAGGACACAACUGUGUGGGACCAGACAAGUCCUACAGUUCCUGCAACAUCCAGGACUGUCCAGAAGGGUCAAAGGAUUUCCGUGAAGAGCAGUGCUCCAAGUUUGACGGGACUGACUUCCAAGGGAAACGCUUCAAGUGGCUGCCGUAUUAUGGAGCUGAGAACCCCUGUGAACUGAUCUGCAUGCCGAGAGGAGAGAACUUCUUCUACCGCCACGGCAAUGCUGUGGUCGACGGUACGCCCUGUCACCCAGGACGGAGGGACAUUUGUGUGGACGGAGUCUGCAAGCGCCUCGGCUGCGACAGCAUCCUGGAGUCUCAUCAGCAGGAGGACCCCUGCCUGCAGUGUGGGGGCAACGGACAGUCCUGCCACCAGGUCAAGAACAGCUUCAAAGUCCGUGACCUGACCACUGGCUACAACCAGAUGUUCAUCAUCCCUGUCGGAGCCACAACCAUCAGCAUCAGGGAGACUGUGGCCUCUAGGAACUACCUCGCGAUCAAGAACCUGCGUGGAGAGUACUACCUGAACGGACACUGGGUGAUCGAGUUCUCCAGGGCGACCCCCAUCGCUGGCACCGUUCUUUUCUACCAGAGAGGAGCUGAAGGCGACAACGUGCCCGAAACCAUCAUCGGCCGCGGACCCACCACCGAACCGCUCGUUGUCGAGCUCAUCAGCCAGGAGCCCAACCAGGGAGUGGAGUACGAAUACUACCUCCCAAACGGACGCUCCAGGGACGGAUACUACUGGAGCUUUGGGUCGUGGUCUGCCUGCAGCAGAGAGUGUGGAUCAGGCUACCAGUCUCGGUUGGUCUUCUGCACCAUCGAUAACGAAGCCUAUUCCGAUUAUCUCUGUGCUUCUCUGCCAAGACCACAAACCAACCGUACUUGCAACCCCCAUCAAUGCCCACAAGUCCGCAGCUGGAAAACCGGCGAGUGGAACGCCUGCUCCGUCACCUGCGGUGGAGGCUCUCAGCUGCGCAGCGUGCAGUGUAUUUCCCAUGAUGCAUCUGGCCCCCGCGUGGUGGAAGACGCCGUCUGCGCCGCCUACGCCGAGGCUCCUCCCACUCUGCAGACCUGCAACAUGCACAAAUGUGCCGAGUACCAAGUGACGGCAUGGAGCGCCUGCUCGGUGACCUGUGGUUCAGGAGAGCAGACCAGAGAGGUGACCUGUGUGGGUUCAGGUGGGAUGAGGCUGGAGGAAACCUCCUGCAGCACUCUGCUCCGUCCUGCAGCCGUCCAGCCCUGUCAGAUGGUGGCCUGCUCCAGACAGAUCAGCUGGCAUGUCGGGGAGUGGGGUCUGUGCUCUCGUAGCUGUGGCUCCGGCUCUCGGGAGCGUCAGGUGAUCUGCUCGGACCAGGAGAGGAACCUUUAUCCUGUGGCUCAGUGCAGCGCCCAGCCGAAGCCCACCACCGUGGAGCGCUGCAACUCCCAGCCCUGCUACAGCCCCCAGGCUGUUCCCAGCGUCCAGGACCCACGAGGACACGACAACAGUCAGACUGGCUUCCAGCCAUAUGUGCCGGAUCACGCAACAGUCCGCAGGCCCGAGACAAGGGACCCGGCCCAGACCAACACCGUCCAGGACCCUCACAGCUCGGCUCCGGCUCUCCACUGCAGCCAGUCUUACUACGGCUGCUGCCCAGACGGACGUACUUCAGCCGGAGGACCGCAGGGCCUCGGCUGCCCUCACACUCCGGCUCCAACUCCCUCCCAGCCGUCCUGCAGCCGGACCAGCUAUGGCUGCUGCCAAGACGGUGUGACGGCGGCUCAGGGCCCCAACAUGCUUGGAUGUGUGAGUGACAUGGUCCCAGCUCCCACCGCUGCUCCGUCUCUGCCCACUGAGAAUGCCGUUCAGUGUCGAACAACCACCUACGGCUGCUGCUACGACCGAACUACACCUGCAGAGGGACCCAACGGAGAGGGCUGCCCCAACCCCCCCAACCACAUUGAGCGGUCGAUCUGCUCCCUGCCUCGUGGUGCCGGCUCCUGCAGCGGCUGGGUGUCCCGCUACCACUUUGACGUCAUCACCUCCAAGUGUGUGCACUUCUGGUACGGCGGUUGCCACGGCAACAGCAACAACUUCAUGACCCGGGCAGAGUGUCAGAGGGCGUGUCCGGGGCCCAGCCACCAAGGCCCACGGCCGGGAGCUCCCGCUAGAGAACCAACCAGGGAGUCCACCGCCGGAAGAGCCACAUCUGGAGGACGUGGCACAGCCGGAGCAGGCACAUCAUCAGGGGGUCGCACCACAUCUGGAGCUGGUACAUCAUCUGGAGGACGUGGCACAUCUGGAGCCGGCACAUCAUCUGGAGGACGCGCCACAUCAGGAUCAGGUACCUCAUCUGGAGGACGCGGCACAGCUGGAGCAGGCACCCCAUCUGCAGGAGGCUCCACCGCCGGAGGGUCGACAGAUGCUCGGUCACGCAACAUGGGGAGGAUUUUCACCGUCCAGGGCGGCUCAACCAGCGGCACCGGCAGACAGGCCACCAGCGCCGCCAGCGCCGCCACACAUGCCCACAGAGCCAGAGUCCACAUGCGGGCCCGCCGGCCUUUGCCUGCCACAGCUGCACAGCACAGCGGCCCAGCUGCCAGUCUGACCCAAGGAGGGGUGUCCAUCGACAAGACCGACCCCUCCACCGUGGAGGCUCUGGUCGGCCAGACGGUCGUGCUGCCCUGCAGAGUCAGUCCUCCGCCUUCGUUCGCCGUCGUCGUGGAGUGGAGACGAGACGGCAUCCCUCUGUCCACUCACAGGCACCACCAGCAGCCCAACGGUUCCCUGUUAGUCGGUCCUCUCAUCGUCUCAGACUCCGGCUGGUUCCUAUGUGUGGCCACUCGAGGGCGAGAGAGAGAUCACCGCUACAUCUACCUGUCUGUCUCAGGUACUGCUUACCUUGUUAACGUGUCCAUAUGGUAUGUUACCUGCAGAUGUCAGAGUGAACAAAAUGUUGUUUCCUGCAGGUUCUCUCAGCACUCAGACGGGACUCUGGUCAUCGGGCCUCUGAAGUCGGAUGAUUCGGCCGUUUACACGUGCACCGUUUCCAACCAUCAGCAGCUGGAGCAGAAACAGCUGCAGCUCAGAGUCCAGGCCGACCUGCAGAUCACGACAGCUCCCAACAACAUCCAGGUGUCUGAAGGCAGCACGGCCCUGCUGCCCUGCGUCGUGUCCGGAGACAACGUCAACAUCGGCUGGUCCAGAAACGGUGUUCCGAUUCGUCCAGAUGGAAGAAAAAUCCUCACGUCCCCUGACGGCAGCCUGAUCCUGAAUAACGUGAAGCCGUCGGACGAGGGAACCUACACCUGCAACGCCUACACUGGGAUCUACUCUGUGAGCGCCACGGCUGAAGUCAGAGUCAUCAAAGACACACAACAGGGUGACGUGCCUCCUGAAUGUGUCGACCAGCCUGAACUCGCCAACUGUGAGCUCAUCGUUUACGCCCGACUUUGCUCCAAUACGUACUACUCCAGUUUCUGCUGCGCCAGCUGCACCAGACACUCGCAGAGGAACGGCAGGUUCGGCCGGUCGGGAUAAAAACUGCAGCUUCAGGACGGUUUGGAGGAAGAAGAUGGUGCUUGAAAAGCUGUUCUGGAGGACUGCAUUUCUUUUUUUUUUUUUUCUUUUAACUCUGAACUGCUGCAUUUGCCAAAAGGACUCAACAACACUGACCAGGUUGUGCAGAAGCAUGAUUGAAUAAAUCAAUAAAAAGGGACUGAUUACCGUAGAUGUAGGUGAAAGUAAACUAGGAGUUGUGUGAUCAGGGAGUCCAACAAUGAGAAUGGAAACAUGGACCUGGGAAUGAAAGAAACCCUGUAAACCUGUAAAGUCUGCUGAAUGUGACGAGGAGAUGAGCUUGUUCUCACUCUGCCACGUCUUUAAGAUAAGUUAUUCACUCACUGGACCUGCGUGUUCUCUGUUUUUUAGAGAAUCACGAGGAUUUUACCUUUGAGAUUAUUAAACUGUUUCCUGUUC